AUGUUCUCAGCCCAUUGUUCCCUCGUGAUUGCGGUAUCAGUCCAGUUGGCCGCCAUAGCUACGGCCCAGGACUACACAGAGACCGUUUGGGGUAUCUUUGCAUACACUACUUAUGGAGACACUCUCCCCAAUAUAAUGUCGCAAGUGAGGACCAGGGCGCUAUCUGACUAUGGAGCCAGCCAGCUUGAGGCGGCAGGGUCGGCCUUCCGUGAUAGAUAUGUCAGGACAGGAGGAAGUGCGUACUACGCAGGAUCCACGGUUCAAGGCCUUGCUCCUUUUUACCUCGACUCACAAGAUGUCAGCAUCCUCACAACAACUGAUCAAUAUGUCAUCGCCUCUGCACAGGCUUUCAUGCAAGGCCUCUAUCCACCAUUGAAUCAAUCCGAUGUCCAAGCCUCCGACUCAACACCGAAUGGCACUUUCUAUAGCUAUCCCCUCGGCGGAUACCAAUAUCCCAAAAUCGUUAGUCUCGGGAGCUCCGACCCACAGUCUAUCAUGGUCGCGGGUCAGGCGCAGUGCCCCAUGCAUCAAGCCGCCGUGAGCGAAUAUCAGGACAGCAGUGAGGCCCAGGACAUUACGCAGGAGAGUGCCGCUUUCUAUACGAAACUCUGGAAGGAAGUAUUGAUGGGAGAGAUGGAUGAGUCACAAGCAACCUACAGUAAUGCCGUUGACAUUGCCGACUUCUUGGACUAUGAGAUUCUCCACAAUACCCAAGCUCUCGAGGUUCUGGGCGAUUACGAUCUGCGACGCUCCCGGUGGCUUGCAGAUCAAUAUACAUAUGCUACGAAUAAGCAAGAUGAUCAGCAAUCUGCAAUCGGCCUCAUGAAUCCUGUUGCCGGACAAGGCUUGGCCGCGAGUAUUCUCAACGCUUUCUCGAUAAACGUUGGAACAUCUGGAUUGCAGCAGAAAGUGACGUUGCUGUUUGGUAGCGAUGAGCCUGCCGUGGCUCUAGCCUCUCUCCUGGGGCUGGCAAAGGAGCAACAGCCAAACUUCUAUUCUCGCCUUGUCCGUGGUGGAUCCCUUGUCUUUGAACUUUAUAGUUUCGAAGCAGACGAGAUUUACCCCAGCUAUCCGGGCUCUGAUAAUCUAUUUGUGAGAUUUUACCUCCACAAUGGCACCGAUUCCUCCGAGUUCGCUUCAUAUCCGCUUUUCGGAAACGGGCCAAGCCAGGAAUAUGUUCCAUAUAGCGAGUUCCAAUCCGAAAUCGAGACCUUCGCGAUGCAGUCAACAAAGGAAUGGUGUACUCAGUGCAAUGCGGAUUCCAUUUUCUGUACUGGGUUGAUGGGAGACAGCAGUUCCUCAAAGCAAAAGAAACAGAUGUCUCCUGCGGUGGCCGGGGUUAUUGGAGCUUUCGUGACUCUGGGUCCUGGCAUCGGGGGGUUUAAAGGCAACGACAAGAACGCCAGUGAUGCAGAUCUCAAUUUCCGGAAGCCAAUCUGGGGCAGUACCUCCAAGCCAAAUGUCGGGACUGAUGAUGAUCCAUCCGCUGCUGGCAUUGUGGUUCAGGGACACGAGCGACUCGGAAGCUGGGAAAUGGGUCAGCGGAGAAAGGAGAUUGAGGAUAUCGCAUCUCCAACUCAUGACGGCGCACCCCAUGUCUCGCCAUUUGAUGAGGAGAAUGAAGAGGAAUGGAGGAUUCACAGUGGGAUGCAGCCGGUUAAAGUGCGGGAAAGCGUGUAG